CAAGUACAAGUUAAUUCACACACAUGUAACAACUUUGUCAGUGUAAAGCAAUCAAUCCGAUCUCCAACUCAAGCGACGCCAUAACCAGGUGAAAGAAAAGAAAACCCCAGGUCAUCCCGAACCAGCAAUGUCAUCCGAGGGCUUCUUCGCCGCCCUCGCAGCAGGCAACGUCAAUCUCUCCAUCGCCUCGCUUCCGCUGACGCUCCUGCUCGCCGCUCUGCCGCACUGGUACUCCAUCUACAAGGCCGAAUCGAGCAAGGUCCAGGGCGGCUGGACGAACCAGAACCCACGCGCCUUUGUCGCGCGCCUCAACGCCAGAGCCGCGUCCGGCAAGAAGUUGAGCGAUGUCGAGGAGCUGAUCCUGCGUGGCCAGGCCGCGCAGCAGAAUGGCUUCGAGCACUGGGCGAUCUGGGCUGUUGCUGUGGUCUUCGGACACCUCGCCAAGAUCCCCAAGGCGGACAUGGAUCGCUACACCACCAUCCACAUCGUCUCGCGCGUGCUGUUCUACUACUUCUAUCUGACCAUGGGCACGCGCCGCUCGAGCUAUCUCCGCACGGCCGUGUUUCAGGCCACGCUGUACCCGGCUAUUGCGGUGUUUUUGCAUGCUGCUAGGGUGGUUCCUGCGUAGGGUGGGCGGGUAGGUAGGUAGAUCGGGGAGCUUGGAGAGGUGUAUGUGUGGAUCAGUGUGUGUGGAUCGGUGUAUGGGGAUCAGUGUACGGGGAUCAGUGUAUGGAAUGGUUUGUAGCAAUGUGUGGUGUUUUGGAACCUCGAGCAUUUGCAGGAUGAAAAACAGGGUUUAGAUGGAGACAUAAAGACGUCUUGUAAAUGAUAUAGCCUGGGAAAAAUGAAGAAAGACGACGCUAUCACGUCCCGAAUCGAGGCGUAUACGGCGGCAUCGGGUGAUUAGAGGGCGGAGCAACCCGUGGAGAUGACCCUCGUUCGUCUCUGACAAUGACAGCUGCCAAGCAGUGAUAUCUCGACGUUCUUCUUUCUUUUUUUGACUUUAUUCAAAUCAUCUCAAGUCAUGAUCUGGGAUUACCCCGGUUAACUUUUUCCUCCCGGGGGUGGGGAAACGCUCU